AUGAGAGAGCGCUUUGCACGAGCGCACAGUGCUCAAAGACCACCCUUGAUCUCAGCACUGCUGCCAAGACUGAGACACGUUGCAAGCACACGCUUCUUUUUAUUUAUUGUUUCAUCCGGGAUUGUUUCUUCUGCUGCUGCUGCUGCUUCGCCUCAGUUCAUUUACAUGGCAAGGAAUCCCAAGGAUUGCCUGGUGUCCUAUUUCCAUUUCCAAAGAAUGAACAAAAUGUUACCCGAUCCUGGAACAUGGGAGGAAUAUUUGGAGAUUUUCAUGGCAGGCAAAGUGGGCUGGGGCUCUUGGUACAAUCACGUAAAAGGUUGGUGGAAAGCAAAAGAUACUUACCGCGUCCUGUAUCUCUUUUAUGAAGACAUUAAAAAGGACCCAAAGCAUGAAAUCCAGAAGAUAAUGCAAUUUAUAGGGAAGCAAUUGGAUGUGGCAAUUCUAGACAAGAUUGUGCAUCAUACCUCCUUCGAAGUCAUGAAGCACAAUCCCAUGGUCAACCGAGCAAAUGCACCCCAGUACGUCAUGGACCAGUCUAUUUCUCCAUUCAUGAGAAAAGGACUCUUCAUGUUUGAAUAAUCUACAGCAAUGAUGGCGAACUUUCCGGCACCAAAAGGGAGCAUGAACUCAUCUGGACCACAACCCGGAAGAGGAGCUGCCCAGAGGGCUUACGCACAUUGGAAAAUGAACUUCUGGUUUCCAGUGAACACAUGCAUGCUGGCUAACUAGUUUCCCAGUUACUGGUGCGCAUAUGCGCUUGACGAUCAGCUGGCUCAUGCCGGAAAAUGAAAGACCAGCUCUUCCAGUUUCAGGCACCAUUGCAUGCACCAGAAGGCCAGUUGAUUGUUGCGUGCGCAUGCACGCCAGAAACGUGGAAGAGACAUGAGACAUCGCCAGGACUGCUUUAUAUGUUUAUUACAGAAAAAAAGAAACACAUUUCCAACCAAAGCAUCCCUGCCCCAGAAACACCUUUCAAGGGGCAUCAGCUUUUAUU